UUUCGGCCUCCUCUUGGUGUCGCAGCUUUCUAAAUAUUUCCCUCCGACCAGCGGCGGCUGUGUGACUGUGCGUGUCUCUCUCUGCGUCGACUUUCACAGUUUCCCCACCAACGAUCAGCAGCGAUCAGGAGACAGUGAAGAUACACUCUUCUGGCCACAGCAGCCAUGGAGGGACUCCACUUUGAGGCAAAACCAAGAAGACCUAAAGAUCUGUGGCCUGGAGACUCUGAGAAACCACAUCCUCCUGGUCUCACUUUGAACCAACAGUCAUGUCCAUUUUUUUCUACCAGUCUAACUCCUCAGCAGCAGAGGACUGGAUUCUGGGUGGAGAUGAUGCAAGAUGACGAUGAGAUGCAAGUCCAGUACAGACUGACACUUGUCGGUUGUCUGCCGGUCCACCACCUGACCACCAUGGCCAUGCUACCAUGGGUGGUGGCUGAGAUUAGCAGGUCUCACGAAGAGCUAAACAAAGAAGUCCAGACUAGAGAGCUUGAAGGAGGACAGCAGGACUCCUCUGUCCACAACAAUAAGACUGUGUAUCUCAGUGUGUCAGCCUCACGGGUGCGCUGUGUGUAUGUUUGGGGGGUUACGUGGGACCCUCUGUCACACACGGUGCUGUUUGAAUGUCGUCCUCACCAUGUGACCAAACUGAUCCACAACAGCCAGGACCCCAGCAGCUUCGGCUGUCUGGUUAGAAGAACUUCCAACUGUGGCUGCUAUGUUUUCCGCUGUCAGGACCGCACCAAGGUUUCUGAGAUCAUCAGUACAAUGAGGCAGGCAGGCAAAAGUUCUGCACGCAGUCAUGACAUCACAGCUGUUACCACCAAAGCUUCCACAGGUUCUGGAGGCAGUGAUUCUUCUGAAACGUGCCUAAAUGGUUCAUUUUUACCCUCAACCACAGCCUCCGCAGCACCAAAUUCUGCUGUGUCUCUGACAGACUUCGCUAAGAAAUUCGAAGUGCUUUUUUGUGGCCGUGUCAGCGUUGCUCACAGGAAAGCCCCUCCCGCCCUGAUUGACGAGUGCAUCGAGAGGUUUGGUCAGUCACAUGGCUCAUGGACACACGAUAAAGAAAAAAAUGGCGGGGGAUUGGUAGGCAGACGCAAGCGGGCUUUGGCCUUCCAGUCUAAUGGUGUGGGCAGUGGUACCUUUGCAAAUGGUGCUGCAGGAAGCCCUACGAUGGGAAAGCAUCCCUUCCGGUUCAGACAAAACUCCAGCUGUCCCUCUUUUGAAGCCCUCGAUGAAAAUGGACUCUCCCCAGAGAUGUCUCACACUAACACUGCUGAACCACCUGCCUCCUCUAAUGGGGUACAACCCACAAACCUGCGGGAGAACCGGACCAUGCUUUUUAUGGUGGGUGUGUCUCAGAUCUUCUUGGUAAGCCCAGACACUAAGAAAGUUGCCAUGGAGAAGAAUUUUCGAGAAAUCUCCUUCUGCUCCCAGGGUAUUCAUCACGUGGACCACUUUGGCUUCAUUUGCAGGGAGACAGUGGAAGGAGGAAACAGUCACUUUGUUUGCUAUGUGUUUCAAUGCACAGAUGAAUCACUGGUGGAUGAGAUCAUGUUGACGCUGAAACAGGCGUUCUCUGUGGCAGCCCUGCAGCAGAGUGCAAAGACACAUGCUCAGCAGUGUGACAGCUGCCCCAUGCAAGAGUUCCACAGACUGUGUGAGAGGAUAGAAGGUCUACAACCGUAUAAAACCAAGCUGGAGCUUCAGAGACACUUGGCCUCUCUGGACAACCACAAGCAAGCUGCAGUCUUUGAAAACACUAAGAGGGCUCAUCCUAACAGUGAACAGGAUGAGAAUGAAUUGGUGAUGGCCUGCUUGAGAACUCUGUAUGAGGAGAAACAGAGACUGCAUCAGCACACACAGCCUGCAUACAGCAAACAGGUCUCUAAGGAGCCAGUUCCAGGCCCAGCUGAGACACAGCAGCAGAGUAGCAGUCGGCAGCGUCUUGAAGAGUUCAAGACUCGAGCAAAGCGCUCGCUCACCGAGUCCUUUGAGGGCAUCUGGAAGGUACCAGCGCUCUCCUUCUAUGCAGAGGGGAGCAGCAAGAUAAGAGCUCAACAAGACCAAACUGGCGGAAGUGAGGGUAACGUCUCUGUCUUUACUACCAAAAGCAGUAAAGAGCAGCCAACUGCAGAAUGCCGACUGUCUACCUCAUCCCAAAAACAACCCGUCAAUCAACUCAGGUGCCACAACUCAACGGGGGACUUGAAACACCACAACUCAACGGGGGACUUGAAACACCACAACUCAACGGGGGACUUGAAGCACCUUGACAAGUCUCUUCUUUCGUCUUCCUCCCAAUCAUCUUUGUCUGGUGGUGAUCAGCCAAAUGGCUCCCGACGACGCGCCAACACCUUCAGCCACUUCUGCACCCCGCCCUCAUCUGAGUCUUCACCAGUACAAUCAUCGCCUUCCACACCUCAGGAUCUUGCCCCUGUGACCAGGACUAAAUUAAUACGAUACUACUCAGUCAGCACGGAUUCUCCACACCAGAGCAAUGAUAUAGAAUUCCUGUCCACCACAAGUCCAGCAUCUGCAGUUGGAGGUAGCCCAUGGUAUAGUCGCCGCCACUCGUGGAGGCAGAAGAUCUUCCUACGGGUUGCUACACCUCAAAAGAACAUAGAAAGUAACGAGCACGGUGACUCCUCUUUAGAUGGCAGCCAGGUGGGAUCUCUUGUGGGAAGAGACAGUGACUUAUCCAUAAGAGCGUUGCCUGAGGAGAAGACGACGAGGAGCAAAGAGGAGCUGAGGGAGCUCUGGAGGAAGGCCAUCCUGCAGCAGAUUCUACUGCAGAGAAUGGAGCGGGAGAACCAGAAGCUGCAGGCCUCUGAGAGCAAUUUACAGAACAAGCGUUUGAAGCUGGACUAUGAGGAAAUAACUCCGUGCCUGAAGGAGGUCACCCUGGUCUGGGAGAAGAUGCUUGGAACUGCAGGACGGGCAUCCAUCAAAUGUGCUGUGGAGACCAUACAUGCCGCUGUUGCACACGGUGUCCCAAGGCAGCUCCGAGGCGAAAUAUGGAAGUUUCUUUCUGAACAGUAUCUACUCAGGCAGACCGUCCCUUCCAGACCACCAGCCACUGACACUCCGUACAAAGAGCUGCUGAAGCAGCUCACCUCGCAGCAGCAUGCCAUCCUCAUCGAUCUGGGUCGUACUUUUCCCAAUCAUCCAUAUUUCCAGGUACAACUUGGAGCCGGACAGUUAUCGCUCUAUAAUUUGCUGAAGGCCUACUCACUGCUAGACCCUGAGGUGGGUUACUGCCAGGGUCUGUCCUUCAUUGCGGGAGUGCUGCUGCUGCACAUGGAUGAAGAGGAGGCCUUCAACAUGCUCAAAUUUCUCAUGUUUGAUGUCGGUCUGCGCAAACAGUACAGACCUGACAUGAUCGUACUGCAGAUUCAAAUGUACGAGUUAUCACGUUUGCUCCAUGACUACCACAGAGAUUUGUACAGUCACCUCGAACAGCAUGAGAUCGGGCCGAGUUUGUACGCCACCCCCUGGUUCCUCACCGCUUUUGCCUCUCACUUCCCCCUCGGAUUUGUGGCCAGAGUCUUCGACAUGCUGUUUCUGCAGGGGUCAGAGGUCAUCUUCAAGGUGGCCUUGAGCCUGCUGGGGAGCCAUAAGCCUCUGAUCCUGCAACACGAGAGUCUGGAGUCUAUUGUGGAUUUCAUCAAGACCACCCUGCCCAACCUGGGUCUGGUGCAGAUGGAGAAAACCAUUAAUCAGGUUUCUGCUAUGGAUGUAUCUAAGCAGCUCCAGGCCUAUGAAGUGGAGUACCACGUCUUGCAGGACGAGCUUCUGGACACGUCCCCAACCCUCAACCAACACCAACGAGCUGCACAGCUGGAGAGAAGCAAUCAGAGCCUCCGACAGCAAAACCUCGACCUGCUUGAAGAGCUGCAGGUGUCCCAAGCUCGCGUGUGCAGCCUGGAGAGGCGAGUGGAGGUCUUGGUCCAGUCAGAGAGCCAUCUGAAGGAGCAGGUGUCUGUGCUGGAGGAGGAGAAGAGCCAGCUGCUGAGCACCGUCACACACCUCCACAGUCUUCUCAGCAGCCACGGCAUACACACCUCCCCCGAUGGACACCUGCUCACACACACCUCUCCCCCAGAGAAACCCCCAGGUGAGGGUAGGAGGGGGGCGUCCCAGUCACACCCUUUAGCUCUGCCACAGGGUUUGUAACUGCAGCCACCAACCCGCUGGAUGGUGAGGUUGACCGGAAGAGAAGCAGGUUGUCAACAAAGUCCAUUGUUAAGGGACGAUGGUGACGCCUCACCUCCACAUUUAAUACGUUCCCCAACCCAUUGAGCUCCAGAAUGCUUUUAUUGUGGAGGAGGUAGGACUUCAAACUAAUGGUCUUCAUGGACCACGCUGAAAACAAUUACCCCAACCAAAUUUGCACAAAUUAUUUUUCAAAAAAACUGACCCAACAGAGAUUGAGGACAAAACCGAUCCCAAAUCAUCACAGCUUGGGCUCGAUCCAGACCUUCUGCAUUACCAUGAACUGAGCAAGACACAUGAAGACUAAAGAGGAAGAGAGGAUCAACAAACUGCGAGAGAGAGAAAAAACAGGAUAGCACCUAUUCUGUUUGACCAACAGUCCCCAAAGACAGCACUGUCCCUGCUCCACUACUGUAAGAAUAAGAAUAAAAA